AAAUGUUUUGCAUACAAUAACAGAGAGAAAAGCGAACGUAACGAAAAUGGUUAGUACGUAGUCCAAUAGAACAAUAACAACCUAAGAAAUAAGAAGGGAGAAGGGUAGAAUAGUAGAAUCAUUGAAGACGAAAGGAGAGAGAGAACAGAGGCACACAUAGACUGUACACUCAUACUCAUGAAGUAUAUGUACACCUACAAUACAUGUGGCUCUAAUAUAAGGGACGAGGAUAAUGCGGCACGACAAAACAAGUAGAGGGCAACGAGGGUGGUGUGAAGAGAGCAACCGGCGGUCGCACAUGCGCUCAUACACGCUUUGCGCUAAACACCGAUUUCGAUUUUAGUCAUUCCCGGGUACGGCUUGUAUUGGGGGAAUCUGAGGGAAUCGUUAGUUUGUCGAGGGGCAGUGUGCAUAUUAACUUGGAUCAACAACAUCCAAUAAUUCAACUUAAACAAUUGCAAUUGGAUUAUUUAUUUAAAACUGUAUUUAAUCUUGCGCAGUAAUUUUAAUCAUCAAGAAGAUUUUUAGCAUCAACCCUAUCAUCAAGAUCAUCUUUUAUUUCUGGGAAGAAAUAAAUUAACCGUGAUGUGAUUGUUCAAGGAUCCAUGAUUAUCAACAAUUGUUCUAUUAUUUUUAAAGAGAAUCAGGCAUCGAAGCGGAAUAAUAAAAUCCAGAAUAGAAGAGGAAGCUGAGGACUAGCCGGUUAAAAAAAAUUAAAAAAACUGGAGCUUGGUAUUCAGUAUAACAGUUUGGCGAGUAAAUAAUUGGAAUGGCAUCCAGUGGUGGAGUAUUUGUAAGUGGAACCACUCCUAAUAAACUUGGGUCGCGUUAUCACAGUUUGAGUGAUCAAUUGUCAAAACGUCUGUUGCAAGAUAAAUUGGAGAAUUCUAUGAAAUAUGAAGUUGACGAUGAGGAAGAAGAUGAUGACUAUAUUGACGGUGAUGAUGAGUCUUAUUUGAAUGAAAUAAAAUUACCGACUACUGCAUUUCAUCAGCAACCAGCGACCAGAGUACGUUCUCACGCUCGCAGUCUUAGAGCAAUGGCUAAUCCAAGUGCUGUUUGGGCGCACUUUGAUUUAUGUGUCGAAGAUCCACUUCGGGCUCAAUGCCGUAUUUGUGGAUCUGUUGUUGUACGAGGUGGUGCUAAUCCUCGUCAAUGCGGGACCACUAAUCUUCAUCGGCAUCUUAGGGUUCAUCAUGGUGGCAGGCUUAUAGGCAGACGAUAUCACGUGUUACAAUCUCAUACUCAAGGAUACUUGACAGAGCAAAAGCCAAUGAGAUUACCACCACAGUCUGUGAUUCGUCAGCAAGCGAAAAAUACUACAUCUGCGACAAAUUAUGAAUCGCAGCAACAACAGCAAAACCAAAAGACUCUUGUUUUUAAGACACUUCCUCUGAAAGUUAAACAACCGAUAUCAUCGGCUUCUGGUAAAACGCAACCAAAAUCACAGCCGACUGUUAAAGUACCUCAUAAUACUACUUUUCCUCAACAACCUACAGAGGUUUGUUUGAGGUGGAAUAGUUACCACAGUAAUAUGCAAAACAGUUUCCCAUCGCUUUUAGACUCCGAAGAGUUUGUUGAUGUGACUCUUGCCUGCGAAGGGCGAUCUCUUAAGUGCCAUAAAAUGAUAUUAUCUUCGUGCAGCGAUUAUCUUGCUACUUUGUUACGUGAAAACCCAUGCCAGCAUCCUAUUAUAUUGAUGAAGGAUCUAAAGUUUUGGGAAGUUGAAGCCCUUGUUAAAUUUAUGUAUCGAGGAGAAGUUAAUGUCGCUCACGACAAGCUUCCUCAAUUACUUAAUGCUGCCGAAGCUCUGCAAGUUAAAGGACUGGCUGGGCCUUGUCCAUCUCAGAGUAAAAAACCACCAAAUCUAUUACCUCAGUCCAAGAAAACACAAUCGACGCCAACACAGGCAUCAAAACCUACACGCGAAACCAAAGAAUCUAAAACCUCAAAAUCAGCACCCACAUCAACUAGUCCAAAACGCGUGCCAAAACGUCAACAUCCAGACUCUAAAGAUACAAUCAAACCAUUCACUAAAAUCCGUCUCCAAAAAAUGACAUCACCUACCUCAUCACUACCAAGAGUUAAACUAGAACCACCUGAUAUUCCACUAAGUCCGACAGAAAUGUUCUCUGAUAAUAAUGAUGACAGUUCAGCGACAAAUUACGAGCAUUUAAUGAGCAUGCAUGAAGACGACCCUGGAGGAGAUGAGCAAAUAGAAAAUACUGAUGGUGAUAUUGAAUUUUGUUCACUGUCUGGACCAUCGGAUCUCAAUGACGGUGACGAAAAUAUGGAAUUUGUACCAACAGACUUUUUGGAUCAGGAACAAGAUAUCGUUGAAGAAGUUGAAGGGGAUGAAAGCAAAAGCAGCAAUGAAGAAACAAGUGCCAAGGAUAUUGGUUGUAAAGAUAUUGAUGAUGAAAUCGAUGGUGGAGUCGGCAUUAAAAAUAAUGAUGAUGAUGCUCAUGAAUGUAAUGAUGAAGUUACGUAGAGAUUUCAUUAACAAAGUGAUAUAAAAGACACUUUUCUUUCGAAAUAAUAUUUAUUCAAAAGGUACAAAUUGAUGUGUUAGAUUUAGUUUUGCUUCUUUUUUAAUAUUAAACUAUAAGUCAAUAACUCUUUAUGGCAUUUAAAAAUUUGCACUUAGUAUUGAUGAGUUUCGGAUAUUCUAAUGAUUAU